CAACAGUCGUUGAGUUGAAUAAACUCUUUCUUGCUUUCCAAGUAACCUAAAGGAUUCAUUUCAUAGUGAAGAUAGUUGGCAGGAUCUGAUGCCCACAAGUGUAUGGCUACAUGUGAUGACUGGAGAGCUCCCUGCACGCGCUUUCGUUCCAAAGGGGGCUGUCUGUGUUUGAUGGGAUCCAGCUGUUGGCCAAGUGCUCCGGGGGCCCGUUUAUUUGCAUUGCUAAACAAUCCGAGUGGGCCGAGGCGGCCGCAGCGCGUGACCAAAGCCAAGUGACAUUCGACAUUCAAGUGAGACCGCGCGCACUUCGUUUUGCGCACUGGGUCCAACGAGGAACAACUUUCAUAUUGCGAGUUUACGGGUCGGUGGUGUGGCGUUCUUUCUAAGGGAACCAUAAGAAUCCAAAUAAAUAUGUUAUUUGAACUAAAUGGCUUGAGCUUGUCGUACAACAAAAGAAUGUUGACAGUAUUUGUAUGUGUCAUAUACUGCAUUCACUCCGUGAAGAGUCAGACAUGCACAGAUGGAUUUACUUAUGACCGCCGCACCAGACAGUGUAUUGACAUUGAUGAGUGCCGGACGCUGCCAGACCCAUGCCGGGUAGCUAUGCUGUGCAUAAAUCAGAAUGGUGGAUAUCUGUGCAUCCCCCGCGGGCUCUACUCCCAGUCCUAUGCCCGGAAUGGUCAACGCUUGUACCCUGAAACGUCCUAUUCUGAAGAGCCCUACCCUGACAGAUCGCUGGGAUAUCAAGAACAGGUUCUUCCUAAUCCUCCUCCUGCAGGAGCUGGCCCAAGCUAUCCAAUAGUUAGCCGGUCCACGCCCUGUGUCCUUGGAUACACGCUUGCUGCUGAUGGCACUUGUGUUGAUGUUGAUGAAUGUGAGACAGAGUCACACCAGUGUAACCCAACUCAGGUGUGUAUAAACACAGCCGGUGGAUAUACCUGCUCGUGUACUGAGGGCUACUGGCUGGUGGGAGGACAAUGCCAAGACGUUGAUGAGUGUCGCUAUGGCUACUGCGAGCAGCUUUGUGCCAACAUUCCUGGGUCGUACUCCUGUUCCUGUAGCCCUGGAUUCCUUCAGAAUACAGAUGGCAGGACAUGCCAAGAUGUGGAUGAGUGUGAAACAAACCCCUGCUCUCAUGGCUGUUUGAACACAUACGGCUCUUUCAUGUGUACCUGCGACGAGGGGUUCGAGCUCACCUCUGAUGGGACCACCUGCAACGAUCUGGACGAGUGCAGUUUCUCGGACUUCCUUUGCCAGAAUACAUGUGUGAACACGCCAGGAUCUUUCUCCUGUGUGUGUCCACCUGGAUAUUAUGUGUAUGAAGACAGAAGGAGCUGUGAAGACCUCAAUGAAUGUGAGUCUGGUAACAACACCUGUACAACAGCACAAGUGUGUUUCAAUUUCCAGGGAGGUUACACAUGUCUGGACCCCCUUACAUGUGAGCCACCUUACAUUGAAGUCAGUGACAAUCAGUGCAUGUGCUCUGCUGAGAUCCCUGCCUGUCGGGAAAGACCCUUCACUAUCCUGUACAGACAUAUGGAUUUGUCUUCUGGCCGCAGUGUUCCUGCCGAUGUAUUUCAGAUGCAGGCCACCACGCGUUAUCCUGGAGCAUUUUACAUUUUUCAGAUCAAGUCUGGCAACGAGGGGCAAAAUUUUCAUAUGCGGCAAACAAGUAAUGUAAGUGCAACAUUGGUUUUGGCCCGACCCAUUAAAGGACCAAAAACGGUUGUUCUAGACCUAGAGAUGGUUACAGUUAACAACGUCAUCCACUUUCGAGGCAGUUCCAUCAUCCGCCUCACAAUAUUUGUCUCCGAACAUCCAUUCUGAGGCUUUACAAAUGAACCUUUCACCUUUCAUGGCCCCUUACCUCCAUCAUGGACCUCCUGUUACUGCACUACCCAUCAGGCAGCUGCAUUUCUCUUUUUUUUUUUGUUUUUUGUCAUCACCCUAUCUGCUUGUCUAGAGGGCUGCGGAGGUUGUGCUCAUCUUUGAUAUUUCAUAAUGCAGGUUUUUGAUGAGGCCGCCUGGCUGUUAUCCACAUGUACCCAUAAAAAGAAGAAUAUUUAUGUUGUGUUUCUUUGAUCUUGAGUGAGUUUGUAUGUUCUAUUGUGUUUUUGUUCCCAAAUGCAACCAUGAAAUUGGAAAUCCUGGAAAUUGGAGCUUUCAUUCUUUGAAGCUGGAUUUGUUUGUCAACUCUUAGUGGCACUUGUGUCACAUUUUCUCACUCUGAAUGUGAGAUUUUGUGUGGCGCUUUGAUUUGUUGUUGACCUUUGAAGACUCCAAAGAGUGAAGCUUGCAAGUGCUACAAAAACAUGUUUUAAAGAUGUUCUAAAUAACUAUGACAGGAGCUCACUUGCAGCAAACCCUUAGCAACCGUUAUGUAUGGAUGGUGUUUUUGUUUUUUUUAGGGAUGUCCUGCAUCUUUUUUCUGGCUAAAAGUGUCUUGUCUUGUUAUUGCAUCUCUGCACAAUUUCCUCAGUUGUGUAUCUGUUUUUAUAAGACCACUGAAGAGAGCCUGGUGAAUCAAUAAACAAAUUUGU